GUACGUCGAACGACGGGGCCAAAAAGAAAAUAUCUGGGCUUCGAUUUCCCCCCACACGUUGAACACGUUUCUCCACGCGCGGAAGCCGGUUUCCUUCUAUAUCUUCAGCUUGUCUCUUCGCCAAGCAAAGAGCAGCUGCUGCACCGCGAACCUUCCCCCCCCCCUCCUCCGUCCGUCCGUUCUCUCUCCACACGCCUCGUCUCGCACCCCCUUUAUCAACCCCUCUUUCUCUCUCUCUCUCUCUCUCCCCAUCGGCUGAUUCUCGUCCUCUGAUUUGCCCCCGUUCCUGCAAUCGAAUCGAGAGAGGGGAAAAUGGCAACCGGGUCGUCGGGUCGGGCGAAUUCCGGGUCCAAGAACUUCGAUUUCGCCUCCGACGACAUCCUCUGCUCUUACGACGACUUCGCCAACCAGGAAUCUCUGAACGGGAGCCACUCCGAUUCCCCGAUCCCGACCACCGCCAUCAAGGAUUUCCAUAAAAAUAGACUUGUGCGACCAGUGACGUAUGCCCCCCCUUCCUGUACCCAGCCGGAAGAUUCUCUAAUUCAGGACUUGGUUUCCACAGUUGAGAAAAGCAUGAAAAGAAAUACAGACAGUAUUAUGCGCUUUCUUGAGGGAAUCAGUUCUCGGCUGUCGCAGUUGGAAUUAUAUUGCUACAAUCUUGACAAGUCAAUUGGGGAAAUGCGAUCUGAAUUGACCCGUGAUCAUGAUGAAGCAGAUGUGAAGCUCAAAUCUCUCGAGAAACAUGUUCAGGAGGUUCAUAGAUCAGUUCAGAUCCUGAGAGACAAACAAGAACUUGCUGAAACUCAGAAAGAACUGGCCAAGCUUCAUUUUGUGCGGAAAGAUUCCUCCUCUUCAAGCCAAUCUCAAACCAAUGAGGGAAAAUCCCCUACCUCUGAUACCAAAAAGACUGAAUGUAUGUCUGAUGUAUCGAAUCAGCAACUGGCUUUAGCACUGCCUCAUCAAAUAAUGCCACAGCAGCAGCUGCAGCCACAGCCACAGCCACAGCCACAGCCACAGCCACAGCCACAGCCACAGCCACAACCAGGGGCACUUACCUCACAGGCUCCUCCUCAAAAUGUAUCUCAACCACAGUCCUACUAUUUGCCUCCUGUGCAGAUGCAAACUAUGGCAGCCCCAACACAAAUGACUCAGACACAAUUUUUGCCUUCUGAUCCUCAAUAUUGUGCUCGCCAAUCUCCCCAAUUGCAAAAUGUAUCCAGUGUUCCGGCACAGCCUAUGCAGCCACAAGUGCAUCAGACAUUGCCAUCUCAAUCAUUCUCUCAUUAUCAGCAGCAGUGGUCUCAGCCAUUACCACAGCAGGUGCCAGCACCACCGCAGCAACAGUCAUCCGCACAAGCCCAGAUGGUAGCACCAUCAACGGUCUAUCCUCAUUGUCCACCGAGCCAACCGACAACACUAGCUCCUAAAGAAGCACCUCUGAGCAGUGUACAUACACCAGUUCAAUAUUCAAGAAUUCCAGCAACAGCUUCUGGUCGUCCUGAGAAUAUGGCCGUUGGAUUUGGUGGUCCUGGUAGAACUACUCAGCAGCACCAGCACCAGCACCAGCACCAGCAGCAGCCUCCACCUCAGGCUAUCAGAAGUACUUUCAUCAUGCAGAACAAUGGUGGUUAUGGAGCUGUUGGGCCAAACCCUUCUAUGUCUCCUGGGAACACAUAUAUGGUGUACGAUGGCGAAAGUGGAAGGAUGCACCAUGUGCCUCAACAACCUCCCUUACCUCAAGGCGCGUAUCCUCAGACAAACAUCUCCUAUCAGAAUCUGCAGCCCACACCACCCCCUAUUCAAGUUCGUAAUCCGGCAUAUCCGCAGUUUAUUAGGAAACAUGCCGAUAAUGAGUUGGUUGAUAGGUUGGUGAGCAUGGGUUUCCGAGUUGACCAUGUUUUAAGUGUGAUUCAGAGAAUGGAGGAGAGUGGACAGCCGGUGGAUUUCAACUCUGUGCUUGAUAGGUUGAGUGGGCCAUCUUCAGGAAAUCCUCAGAGAGCAUGGUCCGGGUAGUAUCCCGGGUUCUGAGUCCGGGCUACAAAGGGACUGCUGUUGCAGGCUUUAUCGAAUAAAUGGCGAAAUUAUGUGCAUCAUACCGUCACGUAUGUUUUUGAAGUGAUGGCUCUACCUUUGACUCGGUGGAUUGUUUCCUCUUUGUUGCUAAGGGGGAUCCGAGCAAAUGGCUUUCUUACACGGAUUAGAUUUUCAAUUUAUCUCUAGGGAUCAUUAGCCUCUUAUGUUUGAUCCCACAAUUAAGUUGCUUCACUGUAAGCAAAAGAAUGCACAUGAGUUUUUUCCUUCUAAUGUGCUGUUUCAUGUAGUAUUGUAAGUUGGUCACAGGCGAGGAUAUGGUUCAAGCUUGCGAGGAUAUGUUUCGAGCUCGCUGUUUGGCGUCUAUGCGUGGAGUGAAUGUAUCAAUGUAUCGGGCAAGGUUUUCCUGUAGACGCCAAAUUCAAUCAGAUGGAUGUUUCCUCUUUCA